AUGGAUUGCUAUUUUUUUCGCAACAUUCCUGUGGAAGCUUUUACGUUGAAAGCACCAAAUCCUAAUCAGCAAACCAUCCCGGAAAGUUUAGAGUUUCUCAAUUAUGUGACUAACAGGCAUUUAUCAACUACAGAUCUGAACUAUAUCAAUAGUUGUGAUGAAAUUCUGAGUGGAUUAACAGUUCUGUUUGCACUGAAUCAAAGUGGGAUCCUUAAAAAUCGCCAACUGGCCAAGCCAUUCUUGGGCAUUCAUAUAGUUGGUGCAACCGCACUCGAGUAUAGUCUAAAUUGGGCGUUAACAAUUGAAAUAUUUUUCCAUUGGAUACUCAACUUACAAGUAUUUUCUGUGGCGUUUAUUGGGCCUGAAGCCCCCGACUUGCCCAUAGAUUUCCAAAACAUCCAAAGGCAAUUUUGCGAAAACUGUAGAAAAAGAACCAAUUUCAUUACAGCAGAGGCGAAAUGUUACCCAUCGUUGUACCAUGAAGUGGCUGAUCAUUUGAUUCAGCCUGAUAUAGUUGUAGCAUUCAACAGCGGCCUGCACGAAUUUUAUGAAAGUAGCUACGAUCCCUGGAAGAGCAGCGUUAAAUGUUUGAUUCAAAAUGCUGGGGUUCCCCUACUGCUAACCGCGUAUACUUUGCAAGAGAUCCGGAAAGAUUUGCAAAUAAUUCAGGCAACUGCUCAGGUUAAAGUCCUGCACGAACCAAAAGAAAACCCAUUUCGUAAUCAGCGACCACUUCAAGACUGGGCCAGUCAGGACGAUCCGAUUUAUUUUAUUAAUAAUUAUCUUGCAAUUGCUGUAAAAUGA